CUUUCUUUUAAUAAAUCAUGCUUAAAGUUUUGUUUACAAAUUUUUCCAGGAAAUAUUAUCAAGAAAAAUGACAUACUUAUAAGUUUGUUGUGUGGAUACGUGAGAUUGGACAGUUGAUUGACGACUAUUUGACGUCAAUUCUAACUAUUAGUAGCCUUAAAUCUUAAAUUAAAUACGUAAUUUAAAGAACAAUAAAAACAUGUUAUUGUCGUAAACCAUUUGAUUUGCGAUUCGAUUGGUGUAAUGAUAAGGUUGCAUACUUUGUUUGACUCACAUUGCAUGUUUCUGACAUAAUUCGUGUCGCAGCGUCUCUUCUUUACUUUUAUAAAAAGUAUAACAGAGUAGUUCAUCAAAAUAAUAAAACGCAUAACAAGUUUUAAGCAAUGAUAAACCCUCUACAAGUUCACCCCCUUUUUAGUUGAAUUUCUUUAAAAUAGUAUUUGUAAGGUUUGUUUGCUAGAAAGUAUGUUAGCUGAUGUUAGGUUUAAUAUGUCGCGUGGGUAAUGAAUUCCCACAAUUUCAGCAGUACAGAUGUUAGGAAAGGAAGUGAAUUUUCUUGACUUUUAUGAAGGUUCAGAAAUAAUUUCUUGCGGCUUUCCAAAAUUAACCUGAGUCUCUUUUAAUGUCUAGUCGCUAUAGUGUAAUACACCUUUAAGCUAAGUACAGGCUGCAUCAAACUCGUUGUAUGACAUUUAAGUGUCAAUAUUACUCGUUAUUGAGAGACCUGUAAUUAUGGUUAUUAAUGAAGCGAUUAAAGUUAAUUGUGAUUUUUACACUCAUUAAGCCAUACGCAUGGAAGGAUUAAGCGGAACAAGUUGGCAGAGAAAUAUGUUGGAUAAAUACAGCGAGAGCUGGAAAAGGAUGGUCGAGGCAAUGGCAAACCAAGAAAGGUGGAUAAGCAAGCAAAGCCCACCUCAUGAAAGUAACAAAGAUACAUCUAAAAUGGAUUGGCUGAGACCUCACAUGAUGAGGAUUGAUGAUUUCUGCGCGUCAUUAAAUAGUGGUCAAACGUACGUACAUAUUCCAAAAACAAUGAAACGAAGAUAUGAUACAGGAGAAUAUCUUUUACCAUAUCGUCCGUCCACGGACAAAAAAGAACAUGAAUAUCGGCACAGCAUAGGAGAGUCAUCGCAUGAAUAUAAACGUCAAAUACGUUCUGUCUCCGUUAUUGUGUCCGAUAAAAAUCGAUCGUUGUCGGCAAGUUCGUCUGUUCCAUCUCCAUCAUCAAGUGUGGGAGAUAACGAAGAUAAUCAUCAAGGAGAACAUAAUGGAGAACGUGACAAUGAACUAAAAUCCGCUAAAUAUCAAUACAAUCCCGCGCCGAUGGCAAAAAAAUCAAAACGUCAGUUUAUCCCGCCUGAAAACAAAGAUCAAAGCUACUGGGAAAGGCGGAAGCGAAAUAAUGAAGCGGCAAAAAAAUCGCGAGAACAAAGGCGCGAGAAAGAAAUCGAAGUCAGUAGAAAGUGUUCACAAUUGGAAGACGAAAACUCGGGACUGCGUUUCACGAUUGUGAAUUUGCAAAAGAAAAACGAACAACUUGAAAAUACAAUGAACAUUUAUAAAGAAAUUCUCAUGAAGAACAAUCUUCUAUGAAAUGAAAAUAAAACGUAAUUCCGUCACUCCAAACGAAGUUCUUGUGACGCCGACAUGUUUUGACAGCAUUUAACAAGACGCGACGCGACGCGUCUAUGACGUUUAGUAGAUAUCUGUUUCAAAAUGCUUGGUUUACUUCGUUUUUUUCAAAUCCAGUGAAAGAGGAUUUAAAAUUUUUUUGACGAUGCUUGUGUGUAUAUAGUUUAUUGGGUCUUCAUGUAUGUAUGUAAAUUUAAGAUUUAUGGUGGAGCCACCUUAUAAAGCAUCUAUGGUGGAGACACAUUAGAAACAUCUAUGGUGGAGACACCUUAUAUCGUGUGAUCAAAUCACUUCUCCUUUCUACGAAAUACAUUUUUUGUUUUGUA